AUGAGUGGAAGGGGGAAGGGAGGUAAAAUUACAUUACCCUCAGAGGUAAUAUACGAUGGGUAUGGGAGGAAGAAUGAUUGCUCAGGGACCUAUGGGAAGGAGCUGUACUGUAAGGCGGAAAUAAUAGGAAAAGUAGAAACAGAACUGAAAAGGGGGAAGAUAAAUAAUGAUCAGGAGUUGGCCAAUAAAAUUGUGAAAAAUUAUUACACCGCAUGUACAGUGAGGAGCGAACUAUCAUAUUAUAAACCUUGUUACUUUCUGUUCUUUUGGAUAUGUACUGAAAUAGGAGACAAAUUGGGGAAGAUAAAUCCAAAAUUUGGGUAUACAGUGGACGACAUUUACAAAGCACUGCAGACAUUCCCAUGGAAGACGGGUACAAGCAAAGAAAGGGAAUGUAUUAAUAUAUACCCUCAAAUUAUGGAAUUUAAAUGCAAGGCGCUUAAAAAAUUCUAUGAUUACAAUUACAACAUUGAAGCUUUAAAGGAUAAGCAGGAUUGUAAUAAAUAUUUAAGUGAUCCACAGUACGGAACAGAUCGUCAGAAUGCACAGCAAGGAUAUUCAUUGUCAUGUGCUAUUUGUACGAGUGAUGACAUUGAGUAUUGUAAAGAAUUUAGGAAGGAUGACCUAACAGGUCCAAAAGUGGAAGUUAAAGCUCCCAAGUUAGAUUUAAAGGGUCCCAAAGGACAAGUAGGUCCAACAGGUGAAAGUGAAACAACAGGUAGUAGCACACCCCUUACUACUAUUAUCCCACCUGCUAUUGGAGGAGUAGUAGUUCCAGCAAUCGCUUACCUUUUAUAUAAAGUAAUUACCACGGCAGUUAAAAGUAUAAAUAGCAUUAUUAACUAA